AUAAAAGGCACUUCAAUAUGAAAUCCUUGACAUUAUUUAGAAAACCUUGAUUAUAUAAAUAAGUUAGUGGCCAAGGUUAAACGAUUUCUGUUUAACCCAAGCCUCAUAUUGCAUGUCCUGGCUUAUUUAUACCAUUAACUAGCUCCCUGGGGAUCCUGUAGCUUACAGUUUUCAGCAACUUUCAACUUCAGUUCCUGUUUAAACCUCCAACAACAUGGUUGACCUGCCUCUGCUGCGUUUCUACUUCGAAGUGAGUCGCCUGAUUGGCCUGUGCAACCUCCACUACAGCUUCAAGGAGCGGCGCUUCGUCCUCAACCAUGUGCCCACUGUGCUCUACUGCCUCCUGCUGAAUGUGGCCUAUCUGCUGAUCCUUCCCUUCGCCCUUACGCUGCUCUCGGGCAACAUAUACAAGUGCCCCGAUGUGGGCAUGUUCGGAGUGGUCUACAAUGUGGUGGCCCUGGCCAAGCUCUUACCCUUGGUGCUCCUCAUGGGCAGUGUUUGGAUCCAGAGAUGCCGUGUCCAGCGGCUGGGAAAUAACUUGAUGAGAAUGCUCCACAGAUUUCGCUUUGCCUUGGGCAAUGAUUGCCGGAAAAAGACUCUGUGGAAGGUCCUGCUGACCAGUUCGAGGUUCCUCAUGCUCACCCAACAAAUCAUGGCUCGGGAUUCGGUGGUGCACUGCGAAGGUGACUCCAAGCUUAAGAAUAGCCUGCUUCCCUACUACAGAGCAGCCAUUGUCUACUCCCUGAUCAUGCUCCUUCUGGUGAUCUAUGUGGAUCUGACCGUGUACAUGGUCCAGGUGGCGGGGAAUUGGUUGCUGACAAAUAUGACCCAGAAUGUGGAGGAAAUGAUUCAGGAUCUAGAGGCUUUGCCCCGGCGGAGAGGGCUUCCCAGGGAGAUGGGUCUCCGGCAGAUACUGCCCGCCUGGCGGAGGCUUUGGAGGCGCUGUCUCCACUUGGACUCGGUUCUUCUGGAGCUGUUGGAGCUAUUCCAAUGGCAGUUACUGUUUAACCUGCUCACAACCUAUAUUUUCAACAUAGCCACCUUGUUUCGAUUGUGGAUUUACCUGUCUUUUGACCAGAACUACCAUGUCUAUAAAGGGGUUGUUUAUGGUGUUCUGUUUCUCACCCAUCACCUUGAGCUCAUGAUGCAGUUUUCCGUCUUUGAGACGAACCGCUCCAAGUGGUUGGAGCUGUGGAAUAAGGUGGUCAAGCUUUGGUAUGUGAAUAAUUCGGGUGAUGGGCUUAAGAACAAACAGGGAAUGCUGCUCUCCAGGCAGUUGGAAAUAUCACUUUUAUAUCUCAAUCGAAAGCUCCAACUGCAGCCUCAGCGCGUGAGACGUCUUCAUAUAGCCGGUUUCUUUGACAUGAGCAAUUCUUCGGUUCACAAAAUGACCAGAUCUAUAAUCAUCAAUGUCUUGGUUCUCUGCCAGAUAGCUUACAAGAUAUAUGGUUGA